AUGGCUUCUACCCUGCCUCAAGACCGCCGCCCUGUUGUUAUUUCUGGUCCCUCAGGUGUAGGCAAGGGUACGCUGUUCAAGCGCCUGUUCGAGACGCAUAAAGACUGCUUUGCUCUGUCCGUAUCGCAUACCACGCGCAAGCCGCGAACCGGCGAGGCUCACGGUGUCGACUAUUAUUAUAUAUCGCAAGACGAAUUCGAAGCCUUAGUCCAGGCCGAUGGUUUCGUAGAGCACGCCAAGUUUGGCUCCAACCGCUAUGGCACCUCUAAGCAGACCAUUGCCGAUCAGACCGCUAAAGGUCGUGUCGUCGUGCUCGAUAUCGAGAUGGAGGGUGUUAAGCAGAUUAAAAAGAGCGGCAUAGAAGCGCGCUACGUCUUUAUCAAGCCGCCUAGCUUUGAGGAACUCGAAAGGCGUUUACGAGGUCGAGGUACCGAGGACGAGGACUCCAUCGUCAAGAGGUUGAACCAGGCCAAGCUCGAGCUCGAAUACGCCGACACGCCCGGUGUUCACGAUAUUAUCAUUGUCAACGACGACGUCGAGAAGGCAUACAAGGAAUUAGAAGACUUCAUCUACAAGCCAUUAGCAUAG